CAAGUCACAAAUUAAGCGCACGCACAAAAUGCAGACCCACCCAACGAAUAAUCCGCACCACCGGGUCAUCACACUUAUUAAACCGUUUCUCCUACUCAUCCUAAUGGCGAGCCGCAUCUCAUCUCUCUCUUCAUCUCUCUCUCGCUCUCUCCCCCUUUGUUAUUAUCACUUAAAAAAACCUCCCCACUCUAAUCUCACUUUUCUCCCCAAACAUCUUCGUAAAUCCCAUCCCUGUCCCCUCUGGUCCUCCUCUUUCUCUCUCUGCCUCCCUCCCCGCCGCUCCUCCGCCUCUCGCCGUCGUAUCACCACCGCUGCCUCUCCGACAAUGGCUGCUGUUGAUCAGGACAAUCCGUUGUUGAAGGACUUCGAUUUCCCGCCGUUCGAUUGCGUCACGGCCGAUCAUGUCCGUCCCGGCGUCCGUGCGCUGCUGAAAAAAGUUGAAGAUGAAUUGGUGCAAUUGGAGAGUAGUUUGGAACCGUCGUGGCCGAAGCUGGUGGAGCCGUUGGAGAAGAUGACUGAUCGGUUACAGGUGGUUUGGGGAGCUGUUAAUCAUCUUAAGGCUGUGAAAGAUACUCAAGAGCUUCGUGCCGCUAUUGAGGAAAUUCAGCCGGAAAAGGUCAAAUUUGAGCUCAAGUUGGGACAAAGUAAGCCAAUCUAUAAUGCGUUUAAGGCUAUCAGAGAAUCUUCUGAUUGGGAUAAACUAAGUGAUGCUCAGAAGCGUAUAGUGGAAUCUCAGAUAAAGGAGGCUGUUCUUAAUGGUGUCUCACUUGAAGAUGAUAAAAGGGACCAGUUCAACAAAAUUGAACAGGAGCUGGUGAAGCUUAGUGAAAAAUUUGGGGAGCAUGUUUUAGAUGCCACAAAGAAGUUUGAAAAACUCAUAACUGAGAAGAAAGAUAUUGAAGGGUUGCCAAGUACUGCUUUAGGGUUGGGUGCACAAACGGCAGUUUCCAAGGGGCAUGAAAAUGCUACCGCUGAGGAUGGCCCAUGGGUAAUAACUUUGGACGCUCCAAGUUUUAUGUCUGUCAUGCAACAUGCUAAAAAUCGAUCUUUGCGCAAGGAAGUGUACCUUGCUUAUAUUACCCGCGCGUCUAGUGGCGAGCUUGAUAAUACAGAAAUUAUUAAUCAAAUUCUAAAGCUUAGAUUGGAAAAAGCUAAGCUUCUAGGCUAUAACAACUAUGCGGAGGUAAGUAUGGCAACCAAGAUGGCUACUGUUGCUAAAGCUGAAGAACUUCUCGAAAAGAUUCGUGCUGCUUCCUGGGACGCAGCUGUUAAAGAUAUGGAAGAACUGAAGCAAUUCGCAAAAGAUCAAGGUGCUCCAGAAGCAGAUGAUCUGACCCAUUGGGACACAACAUUCUGGAGUGAGAGGCUGCGUGAAUCAAAAUAUGAAAUAAACGAGGAAGAAUUACGACCUUACUUCUCAUUGCCUAAAGUUAUGGAUGGCCUUUUCAGCCUUGCUAAGAUGCUGUUCGGAGUUACCGUAGAGUCGGCUGAUGGUCUGGCUCCGGUGUGGAAUAGCGACGUCAAAUUUUAUUGUGUCAAGGAUUCUUCUGGAAGUCCUAUUGCCUACUUUUACUUUGAUCCAUAUUCUCGUCCAUCCGAAAAGCGUGGAGGAGCUUGGAUGGAUGAGGUUGUUGCUCGGAGCCGUGUACUUUCACGCGACGGUGCUUCUCCUAGGUUGCCUGUUGCACAUAUGGUGUGCAAUCAAAUGCCUCCAGUUGGGGACAAGCCCAGCCUCAUGACUUUUCAUGAGGUUGAAACUGUCUUCCAUGAAUUUGGUCAUGCACUCCAACAUAUGUUAACGAAACAAGAUGAGGGUCUUGUAGCUGGUAUAAGGGGCAUCGAGUGGGAUGCUGUUGAAUUACCUUCCCAGUUCAUGGAAAACUGGUGUUACCACAGGGAUACCUUGAUGAGCAUUGCAAAGCAUUAUGAAACUGGGGAGACUCUCCCAGAAGAUAUCUAUUUGAAGCUUCUUGCAGCUAGGACUUACCGUGCAGGCUCAUUAAGUCUUCGCCAGAUAAGAUUUGCUAGUCUUGACCUAGAACUGCACUCAAGGUAUGUACCUGGGGGUUCUGAAUCUAUCUAUGACGUUGAUCAAAGAGUUAGCCAGAAAACGCAAGUGAUCCCUCCACUUCCGGAGGAUAGAUUUCUUUGUGGAUUUAGCCAUAUUUUUGCAGGAGGAUAUGCAGCUGGAUACUACAGUUACAAGUGGGCUGAGGUAUUGUCUGCUGAUGCUUUCUCUGCAUUUGAGGAUGCUGGUUUAAAUGACAUCAAGGCUGUGAAAGAAACUGGGCAGAAAUUCCGAGAGACCAUACUAGCUCUUGGAGGUGGCAAAGCACCAUUAGAUGUUUUUGUAAAUUUUCGAGGGCGUGAACCAUCUCCUGAGCCCUUGCUUCGGCACAAUGGCUUGUUGGCAGUUUCUGUAUGAAGCUAGGUGACAGUUCCAAUGAACCGGUAUACUGAAACUUGGAAGGGAUGAGUCAGGGAAUAAUAUAUAUUUAGCUGUUGGCACAGGAGAAACAUUGCAAUGGAUGCCCAGAUCUAAGCAAAGGGCAGAAGCAUGUUUUAUUCAUUGGGAUGAUCCUGCACAAGGAAGUCCCAUAUCUUAGAUGGAACUUUUUGUUUUUUUGUUUAAUUUCGAAUUUUAACUUUCUGGUCAUUACUUUUAAAUCUUUGACUUCACAAAAGUUGAGAUAAGUUUAGGUUUGGAGAUCCUUCAGAGAUCAGGUAUCAUGCUCGAUGAUGCUGCUAUGGUAUAUGACAUGUUCGUCCCCUUUCA